AUGCCGUUUAAGAUUGUUUCUACUCAACGAAGGGGCAGAGCAGAACUAUGCACUCUACCUUCCCACUGGGAAAGCACAGCGAAACUGAAAUGGCCCAAAUUUAAUGCCGAUUACCUUUGUAAAAACGAAAAUGCUCAACCUAGUCCGGAUUGGAUUUCAAUGAACUGUACCUUAAAAAGAAAUAAUUUUACAACCUUUGAAGAUGCAGAAGAAGAGUUAUCUAAUAUGACGUUAUGUGUAGACCAUAGUGUGUACAAUACGUCGUCUCUGGAGUUUGCCUCCAGCUCACUAAAAUUUUAA